AUGAAAAAAGACUGGAGAGCCGAACAGGACAAGCGGGAAGGAGAUAUGGAGAAAAAGAUGAAAGAAUUACUAGAGAAGUCCAAUAGAUCUGCAAGAAAGGCUACAGGCCCAAGAUAUGAUGACCUAUGCAUGCAUCCAAAUCUGGACUUACCCGAGGCGUUCAAAAUCCUGAAAUUUGAAAUGUUCAACGGAGCGGGUAAUCCCAAGGCACACCUCCGAUCCUAUUGUGAUCAACUGGUUGGAGUAAAGAAAAACAAACCGCUAAUCAUGCGACUAUUCAGUCGUAGUCUGACUGGAGAAGCCGCUGAAUGGUUCGCAACUCAAGAUAUAUGGAAAUGGCACGUCUGGGAAGACAUAGCAGAAUCCUUCAUGGAAAGGUUUCACUUCAACGUCGAAACAGUGCUAGACCGCUAUUACCUGGAAAAAGUCAAACAGAAAUCAACAGAAAACUACAGGGAAUUUGGCAGUAGGUGGAGGGCCGAGGCGGCCCGUGUGCAGCCUCCGAUGUGUGAAGGGGAGCUAGUCUCUGUGUUCAUCAAGUCCCACGAACCUGAUUUCUACGACAAAAUGUUAUUCAUGGCUGGAAGACCGUUUGCUGAAUUGGUCAAAAUGGGAGAGGCUAUAGAAGAUGGCCUCAAAUAUGGGAAAAUAGUCAGCAUCUUCAACAAAUCAUCAGGGAAAGCUGCUACAGGAACCUUCCGCAAGAAGAAAGAAGACAUGGCCAACAUAUCUCAUACUCCAAAUCCAAGCCCAAAAGAACCGCUAUCCACCCCUAUAGCCACACCCCUCAUAAAUUAUCCAACGCCUGUGUACUACGCACAGCCUAACUUCACCACCAUCGUCCCAACUUACACGGCUCCGCCUAGUGUCCAUAUGUCCGCCCCCACCUACCAAGCACCACCCCAACAGAAUUAUCGCCCAAAUAACCCACCACAAGCCUAUCAACCCCCUCAAAACUAUCAAAACCAACCGCCACCCCCAACAUACAAUGCUUCACGUCUUGCUUUCGAAAGGAGGCCAGUAAGGGAUUUCACCACACUUCUCAAGCCUAGGGCUCGACUCUUUGAAAGGCUAUUGGCCGCGGGUCUGAUUCGGAAGGUUUCGCCAAAACCAGCACAGCCGAAAAAUAGAUUCUACCGGGCUGAUCUAAUCUAUGCCUAUCACUCAGGAGGAAACAGGCACAUCACCAAAGAUUGUAUAAAUAUCAAGCAUAAAAUCCAUGAUCUGACUGACAAGAGAGAAAUCGUCUUGCAAACUGCAGCCUUCAAUGUGAACACAAACCCGUUGCCCAACCACAAAAAUAGCAGAAUCCACAUGAUCGAAAAGAAUGAGGAUUGGAAAGCUUGCAGAGCGUUAAUCCCUAAAGUGGUCGAAUCCUUGGAACACACACUGGCUUCCCUCUCAUUCCAGGAACGCCCAAAUGGUCCCAACAUCGGAAGCCACGGCAAUGACAUCGAGAUUCAAAGUCUUGAUUCCAGCACCCGUGGUGGCUCAGGUGGCACAGCCGGACGGUCCUACAAAGUCCAUUACUGCACAAGCGGCCAUGGCCCAAGGCAUGACAUGAUCCGGAAGAAGUUACACUCCCGAAAAGUUAGCUCAGAAUGA